CAAUUUGACGUGUGCGCAGAGCAACUUUAACCCUUAUUUCGUACUAGUGGUUGAGCUAGAGCCAUCUAUACGAAAUCAUGGACGUACCAGAUGAUGAUGAUGAUCUGAAUGCGAACUCUGCUUUUUUAGGCCUGCCAGACGAUAUCCUCAUUUGCAUUUUGGGUUUCCUUGAUAUUCCCACUCAAUUAUUGCUGACUAAAUUGCAUCCUCGACUCCUAGAAAUAAUGCCAAAUGUCUGGCGUUCUGAAAACAAACAUGCAACUUUGAACUUAUUUGAAAAGAGUAUAAGCAACCGGGAUCUCAAUUUCCUCCUGGAAAGCACUCAAAAAACACUGAAGUGCUUACGACUGAAGAUGGAGGACAGAAGGACCUGGGAUAUUCUUACCAAUUACGUUUAUCCAAGUGUAAACGAUUUUCGCUUUUCAACAUACUCGUUUAUGUUGAACAAUUCGGAUGUACCAAAAAUGAUACAAAGUUUUCCCAAUCUAAGAACAUUAAGUCCUUUUGGGAAUUUUACUGGCGAGAACUUUGAAAAUUUCCAGUUUUUAGAAAACCUUACAGUUACCUACUGCAAGCUAUUACAAAUAGAUCAUUUGGGUAAUAUUCUGAAAACCAGAAAGAUAAAAAGUCUUCAAUUGAAUGUAUUUGAUUUUGAUCGAUUUGUUCCUGCUAUUAAUUUGCCUUUGGACGGUAUUAAAAACUUAGAGACCAUACACUGCUUUUGCGGGGAAUUUAAUAAUUUUUUUUUAAUGAAUUGCAGGCCAUUUUUUGACUUAAAGCACAUAUUUAUAUGCGAUGAAGUUAGCCCCUCGUUCCUCGGUAAGCUUUUGAGCUUAUCAUCUUACCGCAAAAUCAAUAUGCUCGAGAUAUACAAAGACUAUAAAGGGGUUAACUUAUUUAGAGGAAUAGAACCUGUCGAAGUUACGAUCCUGAAGUGGGACAAUGAAUUGUUCCUCAAAUAUUAUGGAUGCUUUGAUAACAUCAAGGAAAUAUAUUUGAAAAAUUGUUUAGUAUAUAGUAAUAGAAAUGACUGCGAAAUGUUUUUAAAUUGCCCGAAGACAUGUGAGAUCCUGGGCCUUGAUAAAUGCCACUUUGAUGUUGAGGAAUUUACAUUCGCAGCUCAGGAGAUUGGCAGUGACCGUCUAAAAACGCUUAAUAUACAUUUAAACGAAAACACAUGCUUUAAUAAUUUGGAUCCAAAUACGAAUGAGGAACUUCCUGUAAUCUGGAAUGUACUAGGAGAACAUGAGUUUUUCAAACUUCACAUGAAUCAUCCAAAUAUCACUUUCAAUUCCUAUCCCGUUUCAGUUCAUUUUGAAUAAAACUUACACUAACAUAUAA